AUGUGCCGACACGUGGGCGUCUUGAGUGCUAGUGGUGUAUUUACCCGAACCUCCUUCUCCCAAAUUCCAGAUCUAUCUCGGAAAAUCGGAAAGUCUGCCGAUUCUAUGACGCUGAAAAAGACUGGGAAACGUGUGCCGAGCCUCCCCGAGCCCUAUGAUGAUCUCUCUUCCGCAAUGCCGCAAAGAUGCAUGCUCAGGAGCAGCAUUUGCCGUCUUAUGGGUUUGCAGAGCCUUCCAUCUCAGGCUACUACGAUAUACCCAUCAUUUGGGCGUAUCAGUUUUUUAGCGGUUUGGCACGUUGGUUCGAAAGAGUAUCUCAAAACUGCUUGUUUCAUGGCGGAAAACCAUGGAUCAUUUAGGAGUUUGAUGGGGGUUCACGGACUCUGGGCGUGUUACACAGACAGGAUCUCCGUGAAGUAUCGAGUACUCCCACUACGCCGGCGGCGGGAGAGACACUCCAGCUUUCAACAUGCACACGGGACAGGCACUGCGACUGUCUUGGCCGUCAUUUUCAUUCUAACAUUCCGCACCACCCACUACAUCACAUUUUCCCCUACGACUUGUGGCCGUCAAUCUGCCUACGAUCUGCGGCCGCCGCCAAAGUCGACGGACACAGCCCCGUUGGGGAGGCCCGCCUUGUUGGAUUCCCUCUGCUUAGAAGAUGGCGUAGCCGCAGAAGAAGGCGGUGUAGCAGUAUCAUCUAGCCCAUUUCCAGAUGGACAGGACCGAGUCAGGUUACGUACCUCGCACGCUGACAAAAGUGUUCUUCGUUGGAGUGCUGGGUUUAUUCUUUUCCCCCCGCAUGGUGCGACCGGUGUCAACGAUGCCGGUACUCCGAUGACGGGAAUCGCAUUGGCAGCUGUCUAA